AUGGCCGAAGGCAAAGACGACCCCCAGCAGGGGAUUGAGGUAACACCUCAUCAGGGCAUUGAGACAGCCCCUGUCGAGGGAAUCGAGGUAGCGCACAAACAGCAACCAAAAGUUGACAUGGGAGAGUACGAGAGCAAGCAAGAUAUCUCACAUGUCGAAAAGGUUCUCUCGGCAUCCGAUGAUCUCGCGAAGGAUAACAUGGACAUCACCCGUGUGGAUAAGGAAAUCCAAGCAUAUGCCGCCCACAGUCAGGUGGAAAUUGACGAUGCCACCAACAAGCGCCUCAAACGCCUGAUUGAUCGCCGUGUCCUUGUUGUCAUGAUUUGCACAUAUUUCCUACAGGCUUUGGACAAGGGGACUAUGUCGUUCUCUGCUAUUAUGGGGAUUAAGGAUGACGCGAAUCUGAAUGAUGGGCAAAAGUACUCCUGGUUGACUACCUGUAUUUACAUUGCUGUUCUCAUCGUCGAAUAUCCCACCAACUGGAUCAUCCAAAGAGUCCCACUCGGCAAAUACCUGGGUAUCAACAUCUGUCUAUGGGUCAUUGUUCGUACCCUCCUGGGUAUCUUUGAGGCUUGCUGCCAGCCCAUUUUUGUGACUCUUUCUUCGAUGUGGUACAAGCGAGAGGAACAAGCGGCCACGGUGACAUACUGGUACAUGAUGAACGGUGCACAGCAGAUUGUCGGUGGUCUAUUGGCAUACUGUUUCACCCUUAUUGGAGCAGACAAGGUGCUCAAGUCUUGGCAAGCACUCUUCCUGACAUACGGAUGUAUCUCCGUUCUUUGGGGAAUCUUCGUCAUUUGGUAUAUGCCUGACUCCCCCAUGCGUGCGAAGUGUUUCAGCGAGGAAGACAAACGUCUUAUGGUAGAACGUCUGCGUUCUAAUCAGACAGGUAUUCAGAACAGAAAGUUCCAUGCAUACCAAAUGUGGGAGGCGUUCCGCGAUCCACAGAUGUGGUGUUAUUGUGCUGUUCAAAUGUUCACCACUCUUCCUACAAGCGGUCUAGGCGCAUUCUUUGGUAUUAUUGUCUCCAGCUUCGACUUUACUGUGUUGCAAACCCAGCUGCUUGCUAUGGUGCUGGGCGCUUACAUUAUCAUUGUGCUGUUGUCGUCCGCAUGGCUGGUGAACAAGUUCAAGCAGAACACGAUCGUGAUGUUGUGCUUCAUCAUUCCGUCUUUCAUCGGAACCAUUGUUCUUAUAACUGUCGAAAACACUACUUUGCCCACCAAAAUUGGCCUUCUCAUCAGUUACUACAUUACUCUGUCAUUCUGGUCGGCCCAAACUCUCACGUUGUCGAUGGUAUCACGAAAUAUUGCUGGCCAAACCAAGAAGUCCACUGUGGUAGCUGCAACAUUCGUGUCAUGGGCUGCUGGUAACGCAAUUGGUCCCCAGGUGUUCCUUGACACAGAUAAACCACGGUACCACAUUGCCUGGAGUGUUCAUCUGGCUUGUUAUGCCUGUAUGGUUGCCGCCGUUGUCUACCUCCGCUUCCAUCUCAAGCGUGAGAACGCCAAAAAGGAUAAGAUAUUGGCAGAGGCAGGUCUCAGUGCCGCAGAUCCAACCCUCAUUCAUGCAUUCGAGGAUAAGACCGAUCGGGAAAACUUAAACUUCCGCUAUGUCUACUAG